GUCCAGUGAGCCUCAGCAUCUGCGCAGGACUAUGUACGAAGCCGUCUGAAGGAUCGCGUUCUCUCUUGGCUGUGUUUCCAGGCAUGUCCGAUCGGCUGAAACGGCGUGUGCGCCGAAACCGGCCCAUCACUCUCAUCGCUCCUUUCAGGCUAAAUUCAUGAAGCCUAUGUACUUGGGAUUCGAAUCGGCACGUCUAUGCUCUCGUGAUGUUCCUCGUCAAAGGUAAAGCGGUCGCAAUACGUGCUAGUGAAGUCCUCACCGUUCACGAAAGCAAGACGACAGACCGAGACGUUGUCGGAUAGCACGCUCGACCCUUGUUUCCGCCCUAAACUCGCGCAAAUGGCGACAGGUAUCUUGAAAGUCAAGGACACGCAAGUCGUGGACAGCACUGGCGCCCCCGUCAUACUACGAGGCGCCGCAAUAGGGGGAUGGCUCAACAUGGAGAACUUCAUCACGGGCUAUCCAGGUCACGAGUCUAGCAUUCGCGCCGCCAUGCUCGAAGUCAUGGGCUCGAAGAACUACGACUUUUUCUUCGACCGAUGGCUGUACUACUUCUUCACCGAAGCCGACGCCCAAUUCUUCAAGUCUCUCGGCCUCAAUUGCAUCCGGAUCCCCUUCAACUACCGGCAUUUCGAGGACGACAUGAACCCGCGCGUGCUGAAGGAAAGCGGUUUCAAGCACCUCGAUCGCGUGGUCGACCUGUGCGCCAACCACGGCAUUUAUACCAUUCUCGACAUGCACACCGUCCCCGGUGGCCAAAGUCCCGGCUGGCACGCCGACAACACGACCAGCUAUGCCGCGUUUUGGGACUACAAAGACCACCAAGACCGGACCGUCUGGCUCUGGGAGCAACUCGCUCGUCGGUACAAGGGCAAUCCGUGGGUCGCCGGCUACAACCCGAUCAACGAGCCCUGCGACCCCAAGCAUGUGCGUCUGCCAGCCUUCUACGAGCGCCUCGAAAAGGCCAUCCGCGCAAUCGACCCAGACCACAUUCUAUGGCUCGACGGAAACACCUUUGCCGCUGAAUGGAAGGGUUUCGACACCGUCCUGCCCAACUGCGUCUACUCGCUUCACGACUACAGCAUGAUGGGCUUCCCCACGGGCAGACCAUACAAAGGCACGGCCGAGCAGAAGCAGAGGCUCGAGGAUCAGUUUCUCCGAAAGUCAGAGUUCCAACGCACCCACAAAACGGCCAUAUGGAACGGCGAAUUCGGCCCAGUCUACGCCAACCUGAAAUGGGACGAGAACGCCGAAGAAAUCAACCAAGAUAGGUACAACAUGUUGGGAGAGCAAUUGCGAAUCUACGACCGCUUCCAGAUCCCUUGGUCCAUAUGGCUGUUCAAGGACGUCGGUCUGCAGGGAAUGGUUUAUACCUCGCCGGACUCGGCCUGGAAUAAAUUGAUUGAGCCUAUCCUGGAGAAGAAAAAACGGCUACAACUAGACGCUUGGGGCAAGUACCCUUCUAAAGAGGUCGACGGCGUCAUGGAGCCUCUCAUCAAAUGGAUCGACUCGGUCUCCCCAACAGCGAAAGAUGUCUACCCUUCGACAUGGAAUACGGCGCGCCAUGUCGAACGUGCUGUUCUUCAGACCUUCCUGGCCGAAACGUUCUGUCAAGAGUUCGCCGAGCUCUUCCGUGGGAAAGAUGAAGCUGCCUUGGAGGAAUUGGCAAAGAGCUUCAGUUACGAGAAUUGUGUCCAAAGACAAGGUUUGAACAGGAUAAUGUCUGAUUAUGCUUCGGUGGCCGCGAAGUCUUAGUGAUGGCUCGAAUAGACUAGUAAAGAAUAAGCUGGCCACCUCUGAGACCCAGAGACUUUUAGCAAGGCGCUGCAUGAAUACGGCCCCUUGUCAGAUUGAAUUCUUUGUUGCC